AUGUUAGUUGCAUUUGACAAGUUUCAGAUUUUGAGGGGUUUGCCCUUUCGAACCAGUCGUCGUCUCGUCUUAGAGUCACGCAUUUCUCAUGUUUUAGUAACGAGUAACGAAGAAAAUAAAAACGAAACUAUUUUUGGUAGCGCAUCACGAAAAGAAGCAGUGAAAAAGGACUGCGAGUUGGGAAUAAAUGAGAGCGAUGAGACACAUAAGAAUGAUGCAGUUUUCAGAGCAUUUCAGAAAUUAAUUUUCUUACGAAUGCAUUAG